AUGGGGAAAUACGAGGGUGAUCCUGAAUGGGAUGAUGUGGUUCCCAUACCGCAAGAUGAUGGGGAGGGGGCUUUGGCUCAAAUCGCCUAUACGGAUGAGUAUGCAGAAGCUAUGGGCUACCUCCGCGCGGUAAUGGCUGCAAAGGAAUAUUCCCAACGAGUGCUAGACCUCACUGAACACAUCAUAUCCAUGAACGCAGCCCACUACACCGUCUGGCUCUACCGGGCCUCCACCAUCUUCGCCCUCAACGCAGACAUUUCGCAAGAACUGAACUGGAUAAAUGAAGUGGCCCUUGAUAAUCAGAAGAACUACCAAAUCUGGCACCACCGUCAGCUCCUCCUCGACCACCUUUACCCCGGCAUCUCCUCUGAUUCCGCCGCUCUCCAGGACUUAACAGAAUCCGAAAUCGAGUUCAUGACCCAGAUGUUCGAUGAAGAUGCAAAAAACUAUCAUGUCUGGAGCUACAGGCAAUAUUUCGUGCGAAAACUCAACUUAUUCAACGAUGCUGAACUGAAGUCGAUAGAGACGUUACUGAGGACAGAUAUUAGGAAUAACAGUGCUUGGUCUCAUCGUUUCUAUGUGGUAUUCUCAGACCCGAAGCAUAGCACCUCUGGUAGCAGAGCCACUGAACAUGAUCCCAGGAUUCCAGACGAGAUUAUAGACCGUGAGAUAGAGUUUAGCAAAGCUGCUACGUUUGAAGCGCCGCAGAAUCAGAGCCCGUGGAAUUACCUGAGAGGUGUGUUGAGAAAGGGAGGAAGGAAGUUAUCUUCUCAAGAAUGUUUUGCGAACGAGUUUGUGAAGAUCCCAGAAGAUGGAGAAGAGGAUAUCAGGAGCAGUCAUGCAUUGGACUUCCUUGCAGAUGUGUGGGCGGAAGAGGGUAAAACCGAGAAAGCCGAUGAGGCGCUAAGGCUGCUAGGAGAUAAGUAUGAUCGGAUUCGGAAGAAUUAUUGGGAUUGGAGGAGAGGUAUGCUGAAGGAAGACGAGGUCACGAAGGCGGUAGAGAAGGUUGAGCUUGGUCAAUGA